CGGCCCAACGGUCGCGAGCCCCUUUCCCGCCAGCGACUCUAUUAAUGCUAUCGCUUCCACGCUCUCCAGCGCAGUCCAUCCCUCGCACCCCGCCCUUUCCCCUCGAUCUCUUCGCUCUCGCUCACAGGUCCUGAUCGAGAAAGAAGCAGCCGGUGCGGCGCUGGGUGAUCGAUGGCGAGCGGAGGGCGCGCGGCGCACAAGGCGUUCCUGCUGUGCGACUACACGCUGCUGGGGGCCGCGUCGGCCUGCAUCUUCCUCACGCUCUCGCUCCGCCUCGUCCCGUCCACGUGCGGCCUGCUCCUCGUCUUCCUCCACGCGCUCACCGCCGUCUUCGCCGCCGCGGGUUGCUCGGGCUCCUUCACCGACGGCGGCGCCGGGGCCGGCCGCGCGCACGCGGCGCACACCGCGGGGGCCGUCCUCACCGCCAUCUUCCAGGGCGCCGCCGCGCUGCUCGCCUUCACCCGCACGGCCGACUUCCUCGCCCAGCUGCGGUCCUAUGUCCGGGAAGAGGAUGGCCAGGUGAUCCUGAAGCUGGUGGGCGGGCUCGGCGCUGCCAUCUUCGUGCUCGAGUGGGCCGCGCUCGCCCUCGCGUUCGCUCUCCGGCUCGACGACGGCGGCGGCGAGGAGGCGGAUGCCGAGUACUCUAAGAGCUGGAUGUCAGGUUACCAUGUCUGAUUCUGCUGUGAUCCAGCAUUGGAGAGCCUGAAUCCUGGAGACUGGAGAGAUAAUGCACAUAAAUCAGAAAUGAGGUAUCUUUUUUUGGUUCUGUUUAUUUACAGAUUGGUGGAUCUAUUCAGCUGUUGUUACCGUGAUCAUGUACUAGAGCGCAAAGGCAAACGUAUAGCUUUG